AUGGCACCCCAUAACGAUGUCGAUGCUUUCCACCGUGUGCUUCUGUCCAGCAGACGCAUCCUUAUACUCUGCGGAGCCGGUCUGUCAGCUUCAUCCGGCCUGCCAACCUUUCGCGGCGCCGGUGGGUACUGGCGCCAUCACGAUGCGACUCGUCUAGCCACGAUGCAGGCGUUCAGAACUGAUCCCGGCCUAGUUUGGCUGUUUUACGGGUAUCGUCGCCACACGUCGCUCCAAGCUCAGCCAAACGCCGGUCAUCGAGCCUUGGCCGCCCUUGCCAAGGCAAACCCAGAUGUUCUGUGCCUCAGUCAGAACGUUGAUAAUCUCUCGCAGCGCGCCGGCUACCCGCUCCACCAACUACACACUCUGCAUGGAUCUCUCUUCAACAUUAAAUGCAGCAACGAGACGUGUGACUGGAUGCAACUAGGCAACUACGAUGACCCCUUCUGCGAAGCGUUGAUUGAGGCUUCCAGAGAUGCACCACCAGGACAGCCCCUGGCGCUUCUGGACCCAUACCAUCGCAUCAGGCAUGUUCCGGAAGAGGAGCUUCCCAAGUGCCCCCAGUGCAAUACUGGACUGCAGCGCCCUGGUGUUGUUUGGUUCAACGAACAGCUUGACGAGCCCAUGCUGAAUAGUAUUGACGACUGGCUAAAAGAGGGCAAAGUUGAUCUGAUGCUGGUCAUCGGCACAUCGGCCCAGGUAUUCCCUGCAGCAGGCUACAUCGAGGAUGCGCGAGACUGCGGCGCUGUUGUAGCUGUCAUUAAUCCCGAGGCUGAAAACGAAGAGGAACUUGCAAAGCUAGAUCCACAAGACUUUGCCUUUGGACAAGACGCUGCGACGUGUCUUCCGGUGCUCCUUGAACCAAUCAUCGGCAGAGCACAGGCUGAUGGCGAGUUUGUCCGAUAG